UACCAUACUAGCAAAUUAAGAGAAGACAUACAAAGAAUAUAGAUAAAAUCAGCGGCGUUGAUUGAAUGGCGUCCAGUGACAGAUCACCGGGUCCGAUGCCGCCGGGAGACGGGUCUAUGCCGCCGGGGAAGCCGAUGACGGUGUCGCAGCAGAUGCUGGACAAAGGUGCUCAGAUGAUGCAGUCUCUGAAGCCGGUGAGGCAGAUGAAGCAACACGUGUGUACCUUCGCCUUGUACAGUCACGACAUGACUCGCCAGAUCGAGACUCACCACUACGUCACUCGCCUCAACCAGGACUUCCUCCAGUGCGCUGUCUAUGACUCUGAUGAUUCCAACGCUCAUCUCAUCGGAGUGGAAUAUAUAGUAUCUGAUCGGGUAUUUGAGACACUGCCACCUGAGGAACAGAAGCUCUGGCACUCCCAUGCUUAUGAGAUAGAAUCUGGGCUCUGGGUGAAUCCACGUGUCCCGGAGAUGAUUCAUACUUCUGAACUUGAAGAUCUUGCCCAGACGUAUGGCAAGUUUUGGUGUACAUGGCAAGUUGACAGAGGUGAUAGGCUUCCACUGGGUGCGCCUGCACUGAUGAUGUCUCCACAAGAAGUGAAGAUGGGGAUGGUGAAGCCAGAGCUGGUGAAGAAGAGGGAUGACAAGUACAAGAUAUCAAGUAAUGAUUUGAAGACUUCCAGGGUGAGUAUUGUAGUCCCGGCGUGCAUGAAUCCGCUUGCCGACCACUGGAAACGGAUUGGAAAAGGUUUUGCCAUCGACGUAGAGGAGACAGAAAUGAAAACAAGGGCACCAUUCCCAUAAAAAACAAGGACUUUAUCCCUUUCUUCAUCUUCUUAGUUACUAUGUUUCUAGACAGACGGGGAGUAUAUGUUAUGUUUUUCCAACUGUUGGUCUAUCUUCUAAUUGUGAAAUUUCCAAUUUUGGAGUGAAUGAGAAAUGCAUGAUAAAUGCAUUCUUAAUAAUUUUGGUUUUGCCAUCAUCGUUUCAUUAAGAUUCGUUAAAUUGGGUUAAUAUGCAGAAUAAUUAGCAUGAUAAAUGCAUUCUUAAUAAUUUUAUUGUUUCGUAAAACUCAUUAAAUUGGGUUAACUCUUCCUGAAUAUUUGAGAAUUAGUCGGAGCGAAAUCUCGGAUACUUCUAGUCAUAAAAAAUUAAAAAAAAAAAAAAAACUGGGUUAAUAUAUUGAAUAAUCUCUAUAUAAACACAUUCUUAACAAAAAUUCAACGUAAACGAAAUGUAACUUGGGUAUCAAAAUUUCGGGACAUGGGCAGCAUUUCUUGGGAUGGUGUUUGGAGUCUUUGGACUAGAAAAUCAUCAGAUUUAGAAUGAAUUAAAACUCAAACUUAA